AGGGAGAGGUGGGCGUGUCCGGCAUGGCGUUGGCGGCGAGGGUGACGUUCCGCGGGGGCCUGCUGGGGGCGCUGUUGCUUCCGCUCCUCUCCCGCGCCGGAGGGAGGCGCGCCACGCUUCCGGUCGCGAGGGGCCUUGCGGUGACCCCCCGUGACUCGGACGGAGAGGUGGACAAGGCCCAGCGAUCAGCCAAGGAGCAGGAGGCCUCCACUGGUCAGAAGACCAUCUUCAGUCGCAUCCUGGAUGGCUCCAUCCCAGCCAAAUUCGUUUACCAGGAUGACAAGUGCAUGGCCUUCCGGGACGUGUCCCCGCAGGCUCCCGUCCAUGUGCUGGUGAUCCCCAGGAAGCCCAUCCCCCGCCUCAGCCAAGCGGAAGAAGCGGACACCCAGCUCCUGGGUCACUUGCUGCUAGUGGCCAGCCAGGUGGCCAAGGCUGAGGGCCUUUCCGAGGGCUACCGUGUGGUGAUCAACGACGGGAAGCAUGGGGCCCAGUCCGUCUACCACCUCCACCUCCACAUCUUGGGGGGCCGCCAGAUGGGGUGGCCCCCUGGUUGAGCUUAAUGGAGGCCCCCCUGAAACUAAAUAAUAAAAGCCUACAAAGUGG